AUGGCCCCAGCAAGACGUGCUUUGCGAGCUCUUCGCGACAGCCUCGGAAACGAUGCCAGCCUCCUUGAUCAACUUCCUCCUAUCACCAAACUCAUUACAGAGGAACAAGCUGAGAUUCCAGGCGCUGUACCGACCGCUAUUCUUUUCGGCUACCACAAGGACAAUGUUCUAGCAAUCAACAAGCCUAGACUUUGGAUAUACCUGUACCGAAUCUCACUGACCCUACUGUUCCACUCUUACUUUGUCGAUGGCGAACCAGGCGGAGUGUUCAUGGUCGAUGAUGCGCUCCGAUCAACAGAUCCGCAUGAUGCAUUCAAGUUUGCAACCGAUUCUAUGAGAGUAGUAGUGCUAGCGACAUAUUACUUCAUGCUACUAGAUGAGUCCACAACCCAUGUGCUUGCGAUGACUAAGAGCCAGGAAGGCGUCCUGCUGGACAUCUGCAAAGACAUCCGAAAAUCAAAAAAGCCACAAUCGCUAGUCGUCAAAUUGAGCGUCCGUAUUCCCUGCGAACUUUUCAGGGCAGCGACACCGCAUGAUGAGACAAUCAUAGCAUCAGCGUCCCGAACAAGCGACAGUGGCAUCGAAGAUAUGGAAGGAGACGGUAACAAGAAAGCAGCCAGUGCUCAACCGUUCAACGAAGACAAUGUCAGGACUUCAUCAAUUAUAAAGGAAUCAUCGUCCGCCAUCUCCCGAUACAACGAAGUGUGCAACGAAGAGUUGCAAAUCGAUCAAAAGCUAGAGCAGUGUCGGCGAAAAUUGGAAGUUCGCCGAGAGCGUAUGGAGGCACUUGAAGGAGAGAUAAACCAAGAGUUGGAGUCGUUCGAUAGUCUGAACAAGAAGGCAGUCAGUUGUGAAUCGAGGAAGCGGAAAGCUCGGGAUGUUUUGUCGCCGGAUGAGCUGCAGCAGUUGUAUUGGCGGAAUGCUGGCCGCAAAAACCCCGGGCUUGCCUGA